AGCACAUGCGUCACUCUGUGAGGUUUUCCAUAUAAAAUUAUUCCGACAUCCAAAACAAACAAGAACGUGGAUUGAAUUUAAACCCACGUACACGAUUUUAGAUUGAACAUGACCCUGAUUUGAUGAUUUACCCCUCAGUCGAUUUCUUUCAAGUAAAUUCAAUCCAGAACGACCAGUGAUUCCGACAUUCCAAGAUCAGAAGAACUAAGUCUUGAAGAACUUUCAACCUCUCUAUUAUACCUGUGUCGUUUUCAUUUCUUGCGCUUCUUCUUCUUCACGUAAAACCCUAACAAGAUUGGAUUCGUGUGUUCCGGGCGAUGUUUUUCGUCAGAGGGAAUUAAUCCCUUCCUUGAAGCCAUAUUUGAAUUCUUGGAGUUCGUUUGGUUCACUAUCUUUCAGGAGUUCUAUACAGAUAACCAGGUGUUCGCUUGAGCUUGGUGGGUUUGGUUUUCCUUUUGGGAAACAAGCAGCUUUUUCAACCCUGUUUUCAAAAUUUAAGCUUCUUUUGACUUGAUUCGAGAGAAAUUCGUAUUGGGUCACAAUGAAUGAUGCUCAGGGUAGUUCUAAUGCUCUGCCUCCUUUCAUCACGAAGACGUAUGAGAUGGUUGAUGAUCCUUCGACAGAUGCUAUAGUCUCAUGGAGUCAGAAUAAUAAGAGUUUCAUCGUGUGGAAUCCACCUGAAUUUUGUGGUGAAUUGCUUCCAAGAUUCUUCAAGCAUAACAAUUUCUCCAGUUUUAUCAGACAACUUAAUACUUAUGGUUUUCGGAAAAUUGAUCCUGAACUAUGGGAGUUUGCAAAUGAAGAUUUCAUCAAAGGUCAACCACAUCUAUUGAAAAACAUCCAUAGAAGAAAACCAGUUCAUAGUCAUUCCAUGCAAAAUCUCUCAAUCAAUGGACUACCUUCAUCUUCUCCUUUAACCGAAUCAGAAAAACAAAUAUACAAAGAAAAAAUCAAUAAUCUCCAAUACGAAAAAGAAUCACUAUCCAUACUUUUUCAAGAGCACCAACAAGAACAGAAGCAAAUCGAAUCAAAAGCACGCGAAUUAACAGAUCGUUUGAAACUCGCUGGAAAACACCAAAAGGAAAUCCUUUGUUAUUUAAACGAAUUAUUUCAGAAACCCGCGUCCGGGGACACAAAUGACAGAAAAAGAAGGUUGUCCAGUGAAAAUGAUGAGGGGCAAAUUUGUCAUUUUGAUAUCCCGCUUCGUGAAAGUAUAACCGUUGAUGCACUUUUGGGAUUGGAUAAUGAGUUAGUGGAGAAAUUGGAAUCAUCCCUUGUGUUGUGGGAGGGUGUAUUGAAAGAAGCUGAAGAUGAUUUUGAUGUGAACCGUGAAAAGGUUAAAACUGCCGCCAGUGAAGUCGCCGGAGAUGGGGUGGUGGUGGGUGUUAAUGAUGUGUUUUGGGAACAGUUUUUGACUGAGAAUCCGGGUGGUGAUAGAGAGAAGGGUGGCAAAGAGUUGGAUCAAUUUGGAAAGUUUUGGUGGAAUAUGAGGAGUGUGAAUAAUUUUGUUGAUCAAAUAGGGCAACUUACUCCACCAGGGAGAACUUGAUAAUGGUAGGUUAUUUUAGGGUUUGGUUAUCCUACGUGGUGGCGUGAUUGUAAAUUUGAGUGAGGGUUUUAGGGUUUUGUACCGGUUUCGAUGAGUUUUAGGCAUCGUUUGUUAUGCAGUACAUGACAUAUGACAGGACAGAACAAGACCAUAUUGUACUGCAUUUCGUGUGCAUUAGACUAGAACUGCGACAUUAGGUAUGACAUGUUGGCUUUGUACUGUAUUUGGCUUAUACUGAACUGAAACCGUGAGGAGUCUAUUGUCCAUGGGAUAAAGAUUGUAAUAAUUUCCCAUCAAGAGGUGGGAUAGACUUGAGGUGGGAUAGACUUGUUCUUGGUCUUUUGUGUGUGGAAAAGACGUGAAUGUCCUUGUCAUUCUUGUCUUGUAAAUAGUUAUGAUAAACUUGUCUAGUCCAGUUCAAUUCAAUUUAGUCAGUAAAAACCGAGGAUGUAGACUAGUGUGUUUUGCUUGGUAUCUUUUACCAUCCUUUUAAGUUGUAUAAAAGUGGGUGUUGAACUUAGUGUGGGGUC